CAGCAACAGGCGGUCCAAAGCCACUUCUUUAAUCUUCACAACAACAAUAUCCAUUAUGGGUUAUAGAUAUACCAGUUUAUUAAUGGGUGCGAGUAGCGCCAACAAACCAACAAAUUCAAAACCUGCUGCACCCAGGAAGAAAAAGGUACUAUCGUGUGACCUUUUAUCAUUUUGUGAUACCUCCCUCCAUACAGAACACAACACACCAAACACGCUAACACCUUCAAAACCUUAUUCAUAACAGGAACCUACCACAAAACCUAAGAACGAUAUGAGGAAUAAAAAGACUUUAAUCCCUACUCCUAGUGGCACUGCCGUUAUGUCCAAUGCUACCUCUAAACCUCCUGCUAAACGAGGGCGACCGAAAAAGACAGAGCAAUCGCCAAAAGCGCCAACGCUAGUAUCGCCCAUUAUCAACACAAACAACGCGACCAUUUUAAGGAAGCCGACGGACGAGACAGCAACAAUAGCAACUGCAAAAAAACGCAAGUCAGCAACAGAUUCAGUGGAUACAGACAAAAAGCGAAAAGUUGAUUUAAAUGGCACAGCUGAUGACUCGACUGGGAUCGUCAAAAAGACAUUCAAGCGAAGAAACGAAAAGACUACAACUACGACAAGUACCCAAUCUUCUUCUUCUACUACUUCUACUCCCAACAGCACCCGCAAUACCAAAAUCUUUAAAAGACGGAAACCAGCAGAACCAUUACCUUUACUGCAUCGACCCUAUAAACUCGACCGUAUACUGAAAGGCCACGCAGCAGACGAUGACGAUAGUACUCAAAUGAACUUAUGGGCAUGCGAAUUCGAACCCAAUACUACUACCGGCACAGUUGCAUUAUGCGGCUCCAAUAACAUCCUAUUUCUGGAUACGCAUUUGGGUCGAUACACAAAAAAAUACACACACAUUGAACCGAACGAGGAGUUUUUGUGUUUAGCAUGGACAGCGCUCGUUGGACCUAAAGACCUUCUGGAUGAAGAUGCAGCUGAAGAUGCUCAAUGCAAUAUUUUGGCUGCUGCAGGCCAAUUGGGUUCUAUCAAGUUAUUCAAUACAUUGCAAAACGAAUGUUUUCGAUAUCUGUUUGGACAUACGAAACAAGUGCGCAAACUUCAAUUCUCGAAGUCAAAACCACGAUGGCUUUUCAGUUGUUCUGAUGAUAUGACUGUACGAUUAUGGGAUAUCGGACCACCCAACGUAAAGCAUCAAGAAAAUUCAUCCAUGUGUUUGGCAAAGUUCUCACUACCUACUCAAGCUUCGGAGCCGUCCGCUCUUUGCAUCGCGCCUGAUCUGACCAAGAUUAUGGUGGGUUGUGUACAAGGUGACUUGGUUCGAUUCGAGAUGAAACCCACCGACAUUCAAAAGCUAGAACGUGAACCGAGCGACAGUGAUCAGCCCAAGAAUUUUAGACACAAAGCAUUGUUUCCUGCUGGAGACGAAUGGCAUGAAGGAUAUAUUGAUGAUAUAUUCAUUCUUGGUCAACAACGGCAGAGUAAUACCAGUGUUAAACCACAUGGAUUAGAUGGAUGGAUAGUUUCUCGUGGAUCUGAUGAUUACGAAACCUUGAUAUGGAAUCCAAAAACUAGUACAAAAACCGAUGCAGAUAUUUCCAUUUCACUUGGAUGGCCUGAUUCGAACGAUCAUGCCGGUCUGCGGUUCAAAGUAGUUGAGAAGCAAGGUGAUAAGGUGCUUUUGGCAGGUGAUUAUGAAGGUCAGAUCCGUAUCUUCAAUAUUGGUGAUGGUCGGAAGAGCCGUACUUUAGAGGAUGGAACCAAGGAAAUGUUUAAGCCCACCAAGGUGCUGUCUCAUGCCAUGUCAUCUGAUGUGGUUCGUGAUCUGUGUAUAUCGGAUGAUACCAAAAAAAUCAUUGCUGUAGAUUCAGCAAACAAUGUAUUCAUUUGGAAUUGUAGCGGUUAAAUAAUAAAAAAAGGAGUUUAGUUAUGUACAAAUGAAAGGUUGUGUGUGUGUGUGUGUGUUUUGUUGUAUGGAAUUUGUUUUCCUUCUAAUGGAUUACAUAAGUAUGUGGUGUGUGUGGUUGAUAGUAGGUGGUU